AGGGCAGAGGUUGCGCAUCUCUUCCACUUGGGGGCGCUUGACACCUUGAAGGUGGGUUCACUAUCUUCCCAGCGGUGUGUGAAAGCCAGUUCAGCUCCUGAACCCCACAAUUGUUCAACAGGCUUUUGGUGCCUGACCGAUUUCAGAAGACAGAAUCUGGACGACUAGGACAUUUUCUUUCGCUGAGGACCGAACCCAGGGCCUUGUGCUUGCUAGGCAAGUACUCUUCCACUGAGCUAAAUACCAACCGCAGGAGACUUUAUUUCUAAAUGGCUGUUGUUGCCUAGACAAAAGAAUCUUGUUGCGGUCGAAGAUGCAACAGCUUCGCGGAAUAAACCUGGGGCUGGGUCUGGAUGCACAAUACAGAAAGCCAGUGGACUGAUGUGCUGUGUCUCUGGGCAGAUAGUUGUGGAUGUUCCCACAUAGCUCACAGUUAGAGCGUAUAAGAGGGGUGUGGCCACCCUUCUCCGUCCUUUGUUAUCCUUUUUCUGUUCUGCUUGUUUAAAGUGAGGGACAGGGAUACUUAAUCCCACACUGACCUAGCCAUUCAAGGAGAGGUUCCGCAGCAGAGGCAAAGUGCCAUGGGCCCAAGAAAUGUGACUGAAUAUGUUAUUCUGAGCUGUAGAAAACCAUUUGUUCAUUUCCCUUUGAACUUUAGAUUUUGAUUUUUGAGACAGGGUUUUUCUGUGGGUAGCUUUGGCUAUCCUGGAACUAACUCUGUAGACCAGGCUGGCCUUGAUCUCACAGAGGUCUUCCUCCCUCUGCUUCUUAAGUGCUGGAAUUAAAGGUGUGCUCCACCAUUGCCCAGCCCUAGUAUGAGCUUCUGAUUAUGACAGAAUUAGAUUCAGAUGCUAAAACCUGUUUACCAUCACCUUCCUUACCCCCUCCAAAGUUCUGUUAGACAAGAGCCUUGGUCCAGUGCUCCCUCACCCCAACCAAAUUCUUCUUGCAGUCACUCAUAUGACAGAGGCAACAGCAUUGUGUAUGGUUUAAGCAGGCAAGCUCUUCAAACCCUGGCCAUGGGCAAGUAUGAAUCCUGAACACAGAACGAUAGCCACAAGAGAGUGGACCAGGAGUGCCGUGGCCUACCACACUAGGUCUACAGCCAUGAAGAAGAGGAUGUCUCUGAAGAGGAUGAGCACACCAUCCUUCCAGAAGCGGAGGAGAAGGCCUUCUCGCCAGGCCCUGGGGAACAUUGUGGGCCGCAGAAUUUCUCAUGGAUGGAAGGAAGGUGAUGAGCCCGUCACACAAUGGAAGGCCAUCGUUCUAGAUCAACUGCCAACAAAUCCCUCUCUCUAUCUGGUCAAGUAUGACGGGAUUGACUGUGUUUAUGCACUUGAACUUUACAGCGAUGAGAGGAUUUUAAAGCUUAAGGUCUUGCCUCACAAAGUAGUGUUUCCUCAAGUGAAAGAUGCCCAUCUCGCAAGUGCCAUGGUUGGUCGAGCUGUGGAGCAUAAAUUUGAGAACAAACAUGGCUCUAAGGACAACUGGAGGGGGGUGGUCCUAGCCCAGGUGCCAAUCAUGAAGGACUGGUUUUAUAUCACCUACGAGAAAGAUCCAAUUCUAUACAUCUACCAACUCCUGGAGGAUUACGCAGAAGGUAACCUCCGUAUCAUUGCAGAGACUCCUCCAGCAGAGGUGAAGUCAGACGCUGACAGCGACAUCUUAACAGGUCAAUGUGUGCAUUACACCAGAAGCGACGGGUCCAAAAAGAUAGGCAAAGUCAUUUACCAAGUUCUAGCCAAGCCUUCUGUGUACUUCAUCAAGUUUGAUGGCGACGUCCACAUCUACGUCUAUAAUCUGGUGGAAAAGAUCAGUUAAGAUACCCAAGGGCCUUUGACAACUCCAGUAUCUUUUCCAGUGGAAUUUGUUUUUGCUCUAAAAAUUAAAAUGUGUGAUGUGA